CGCCGCCCCCGCUCUCCGCCCGCUCCCGAUCCCUCUCCCAGUCCCUCUCCCUCUCUCUAUCCCGGCCCCGGACCUGCAAUAUGAAGGCAGCGCCGGGCAGCGCCGAGGAGGUGGAGAAGCUGAACAAGAUGAGCUCCCUUCUGGAAAGGCUCCACGCCAAGUACAGCCAGAACCGGCCCUGGACAGAAACCAUGAAGUUGGUCCGUCAGGUCAUGGAAAAGCGAGUGGUGCUGAACUCGGGGGGGCACCAGCACCUGGUGAGCUGCUUGGAGACACUGCAGAAGGCCCUCAAAGUGUCAUCUCUGCCUGCCAUGACUGAUCGCUUGGAGUCCAUUGCCAGGCAGAGCGGCCUGGGAUCCCACCUGAGUGCGAACGGCACCGAGUGUUACAUCACCUCAGACAUGUUCUAUGUGGAGGUGCAGCUGGACCCUACAGGGCUGCUCUGUGAUGUCAAGGUGGCUCACCAUGGAGAAAACCCCGUGAGCUGUCCAGAGCUGGUGCAACAUCUGAGAGAGAAAAAUUUUGAUGAGUUUUCAAAGCAUCUGAAGGGACUUGUGAAUCUGUAUAAACUGCCAGGGGACAACAAACUUAAAACUAAAAUGUACUUGGCUCUGCAGUCCUUGGAGUUGGAUCUCCAAAAGAUGGCUGGGAUGUACUGGCAAGCCACCAAUGCAAACCCCCUGGACAAGAUCCUCCAUGGCAGUGUUGGCUAUCUCACCCCCAGGAGUGGAGGUCUGCUGAUGAACCUCAAAUAUUAUGUCUCCCCCUAUGAUUUAUUUGAGGAUGGCACUGGAGCCCCCAUGGUUUUGCAUGAGAACAAUGUUCCUCGCUCGCUGGGUAUGAACGUGUCGGUGACAGUUGAGGGAACCAUGGCAAUGCACAAACUUCCAAUUGCUCCACUGAUCAUGGGCUCCCAUCCUGUGGACAGCAAAGGAACUCCAUCCUUCUCCUCCAUCACCAGUGCCAACAGCGUGGACUUGCCAGCUUGUUUCUUCCUGAAAUUCCCACGUCCCAUUCCAGUGUCUCGAGCUUUCAUCCAGAAGCUGCAGAGCUGCACAGGUAUCCCACUGUUUGACACAGCACCCAUGUUUGUGCCCCUGUAUGAGCUGAUCACGCAGUUUGAGUUGUCCAAGGAGGCUGAUCCCCUGCCCCUGAACCACAACAUGCGCUUCUACGCCGCUCUUCCAGGACAGCAGCACUGUUACUUCCUGAACAAAGAUGCUCCUCUCCCGGAUGGACGAAGCCUGCAGGGAACUCUGAUCAGUAAAAUUGCUUUCCAGCACCCUGGCAGGGUGCCCCUCAUCCUCAACUUGAUCCGGCACCAGGUGGCCUACAACACCCUCAUUGGCAGCUGUGUCAAGAGGACAGUCCUGAAGGAAGAUUCUCCUGGGAUCCUGCAGUUUGAAGUUUGUCCUCUCUCUGACUCCUGUUUCAGUGUAUCCUUCCAGCACCCUGUGAACGACUCCCUGGUGUGUGUGGUGAUGGAUGUGCAGGACUCCAGCCAUGUGAACUGUAAGCUGUACAAAGGACUGUCUGAUGCCCUCAUCUGUACAGAUGAUUUCAUUGCCAAAGUUGUUCAAAGGUGCAUGUCCAUCCCUGUCACCAUGAGAGCCAUCCGUAGGAAAGCAGAAACCAUCCAAGCUGACACACCAGCCCUGUCCCUCAUUGCAGAGACAGUUGAAGACAUGGUGAAGAAAAAUCUGCCUCCAGCCAGCAGCCCAGGGUAUGGCAUGACCACAGGCAGCAACCCAAUGAGUGGGACCACCACCCCAACCAACACUUUUCCUGGGGGGCCCAUCACUACUUUGUUUAACAUGAGCAUAAGCAUGAAAGAGAGGCAUGACUCGGUGGGCCAUGGGGAGGACUUCAGCAAAGUGUCUCAGAACCCUAUUCUCACUAGUUUGUUGCAGAUCACAGGGAAUGUGGGGUCUACCAUUGGCUCAAGUCCAACCCCACCCCACCACACACCACCACCAGUAUCCUCACCAGCCAGCAACACCAAGAACCACCCCAUGCUCAUGAACCUUCUUAAGGAGAAUCCCCCUCAGGAUUUCUCCACUCUAUAUGGGAGCAGCCCUCUGGAAAGGCAGAACUCUUCCUCUGGCUCCCCCAGAAUGGAAAUGGGCCCUGGGGGGAAUAAACAAAAGAAAAAAAAAUCCCGCAUGCCAGCCGACAAGCCCAAGCACCAGACUGAGGAUGAUUUCCAGAGGGAGCUCUUUUCUAUGGAUGUUGACUCCCAGAACCCCAUUUUUGAUGUCAACAUGACUGCAGACACCCUGGACACCCCUCAUAUUACUCCAGCACCCAGCCAGUGCAGCACUCCUCCCACCACGUACCCCCAGGCGCUGCCCCACGCGCAGCCCAGUAUCCAGAGGAUGGUUCGCCUGUCCAGCUCGGACAGCAUCGGGGCCGAUGUCACCGACAUCCUCUCCGAUAUAGCAGAGGAGGCUUCCAAGCUGCCCACCAGUACUGAGGACUGCCCACCCAUUGGGACUCCAGUCAGAGACUCUUCUAGUUCAGGACAUUCACAAAGUGCCCUCUUUGACCCCGAUGUUUUUCAGACCAACAGUAGUGAGAACCCCUACACAGACCCCGCAGAUCUGAUUGCGGAUGCUGCUGUGAGCCCCAACAGCGACUCCUCCAACCACUUUUUUCCAGAUGGAGUAGAUUUCAACCCUGAUUUGCUGAACAGUCAGAGCCAGAGUGGUUUUGGGGAGGAAUACUUUGAUGAGAGCAGUCAGAGCGGUGACACUGAUGAUUUCAAGGGCUAUGCCCCCCAGGCUCUAACUAAUUUGGGGGUGCAAGUCUUGGGGGCUGACGGAGGGGAAAAUAAAUUUAAGGGGAGCACUCCGUCCGAUACGGUGGAUUUUAGUAUUAUUGCAGCUGCCAGCAAAGCACUGGGGUCCUCUGACAUCAUGGAGCACCACAGUGGAGGCCAGAGCCCUUUGCUGAACACGGGGGAUUUAGGAAAAGAGAAGUCUCAGAAACGGGUAAAGGAAGGCAAUGGGUCUGGAAGUGCCAUGGCAGGUGCUGGGAUAGAUGGGAAGCCAGGGAAGCGCAGCCGGACGCCAUCCAGUGAUGGCAAAAGCAAAGAGAAACUUCCAAAGAGGAAGAAGCAGGAGACAGAUGGGAAAUCUCCAUCCCACAGUUCAUCCAACAGGCCCUUCACGCCACCAGCAAGUACAGGUGGGUCCAAAUCUCCGGGGAGUUCGGGCAGAUCCCAGACUCCUCCUGGGGUCGCUACUCCUCCUAUUCCAAAAAUAACCAUUCAGAUCCCGAAAGGAACAGUGACUGUUGGCAAACCAUCUUCACAUGGCCAGUACACGAGUAGUGGUUCUGUCACCUCCUCCAGCAGCAAAAGCCAUCAUAGCCAUUCUUCCUCCUCCUCCUCUUCUUCCUCCUCUUCAACCUCAGGCAAAAUUAAAAGCAAAUCAGAAGGGUCUUCUGGCUCAAAGAUGAGCAGCAGCCUCUACUCCAGCCAAGGCAGCUCCGGUUCGGGUCAGUCCAAGGGCUCAGCCCAGUCAGUGGGAAAGCCAGGAUCCUCCCCCAUCACCAAACACGGCCUCAGCACCGCCUCUGGCAGCACCAAGAUGAAACCUCAAGGAAAGCCAUCAUCCCUCAUGAACCCUUCCAUGAGCAAACCAAACAUCUCCCCAUCCCACUCGAGACCCUCGGGGUGUUCUGAGAAACUUGCCUCUCCCAUGAAACCUGUCCCAGGUACUCCCCCGUCAUCUAAAGCAAAGUCACCCAUCAGUUCAGGUUCUGGUGGGUCCCACAUGUCUGGGACUGGAUCAAGCUCAAGCAUGAAAUCGUCUUCAGGAAUGGGAUCCUCUGGGUCUAUGUCACAGAAACCGCCUCCCUCGUCCAGUUCCUCCACGGCCUCUUCCUCUUCCUUUUCAUCCAGUGGGUCUUCCAUGUCUUCAUCCCAGAACCAGCAUGGAAGCUCCAAAGGCAAGUCCCCAAGUAGAAACAAGAAGCCAUCACUGACUGCAGUCAUUGACAAGCUGAAGCACGGGGUGGUCACGAGCGGGCCUGGCGGAGAUGACCCCAUGGAUGGACAGAUGGGGCCGAGUUCCAAUUCCUCAAGCCAUACAAUGUCCUCCAAACACAACAUGUCUGGAGGGGAGUUCCAGGGAAAGCGGGAGAAGAGCGACAAGGAGAAAUCGAAGGUCUCUGUUUCUGGAGGAUCUGUUGACUCUUCCAAGAAGAACUCGGAUUCCAAAAACGUUGGAAGCACUGGAGUGGCCAAAAUUAUCAUCAGCAAACACGAUGGUGGUUCCCCCAGCAUUAAAGCCAAAGUAACUCUACAGAAACCUGGGGAAGGGGGUGGGGACGGCCUGAGGCCUCAGAUGGCUUCUUCCAAAAGCUACGGAUCCCCCCUGAUCAGCGGCUCCACCCCCAAACACGAGCGCUGCUCCCCCAGCCACAGCAAAUCCCCGGCCUACACCCCCCAGAACAUCGACAGCGAGAGCGAGUCGGGCUCUUCCAUCGCUGAGAAAUCUUACCAGAACAGCCCCAGCUCCGACGACGGCAUCCGGCCCCUGCCCGAGUACAGCGCCGAGAAACACAAGAAGCACAAAAAGGAGAAGAAAAAAGUGAAAGACAAAGACCGGGACAGAGAGCGGGAGCGGGAUAAGGACAGGGACAAGAAGAAAUCCCAUGGCAUGAAGCCUGAGAGCUGGUCCAAGUCGCCCAUCUCGGCAGAUCAGUCUCUGUCCAUGGCGAGCAACGCGAUCCUCUCGGCCGAGCGGCCGUCCCGGGCCAGCCCCGAGUUCCUGAUCGGGGAGGAAGAUGAUGAUCUCAUGGAUGUCGCUCUGAUUGGCAAUUAAUUCUCCCAGAUGAGCUGUCUGCAUGUCCUGGAGGGAAGGAAGGAAGGAGGGAAGGAUUUAUCCCAAACCUGUCACGUGGAUCUCCAUGGGGUGUGUUUUGGGGGGGGGAAAUAUUUCCAAGGUAUUUCAGAGACUUUCAGACCACCAAGGUCUGUGCAGAAGGAUGUGAGUGCUGGCAGCCAGGUCCCUGCCUGUGGCCUUCACCCUGCGGGCACUUCCAUUCUUCCUGAAUUUAUGAGUAUUAUCAUCCCUGUCCGAGUUAACGGGGAUGAAGCCAAGUGUGGGAAUGUGGGAGAGGCUCCCAAAUGGGGCAAACAGACAUAGGCUGGUCUGGGACAUCCCAGUCCCUCUGCCCUCUUCCCAUUCAGGGCAAGUUCCUUUUGGAUGUAGGAAGUUUUAAAGUAAUUAUUUUAGGAAAUGAUUUAGAGAUGGGUUUUAAUCCUUUGGAAGAAGGAAAACCACAAGGUUUUUAAUUUAUUUUAUUCCCACGGCAUUCCUUCAUUCAAUGGCAUGAGUUGGGCACUGUGUCCUCAUGAAAAUCAGGAUUUUAUUCCAGGUCACAGCUCUGAGGGAUUGCUGCUGCCUUGGGUUUGCCUUCCCAUUUGUUUUAGCUAUUUAUUCACCUCCAUGUGAAAACACCUCGUGCUCCUUGUUUUUCCCCCAGUGGGAAUUUGGGUAGAUCCCGUGGGUUUGGGCAGCUCUGCAACUUUGGUGACAUUCCAGCACGGUGAAAUUCCAGCAAAUCUCAAUGGAAAAGGGACUCCUGUCUGCACCAACGAGCUUCCCCGGAAUCUCCUCGUGCUGCCAAGCUGGGAAUUGUGGUCACAGACAGGGGCAUUGCCCUGGGAAAGACUUUCCAGCUAAGAGAGCAGUGUCCUGCUUGGAAAACAGUCCUGGAGUGGCUCAGCUGGGAUCAGAGUUGUAGGAGAAAUGUUGAUUUCCUUAAAAGAUGGAUUUUCCCCUUUUGGCUGGAAUUAGGAGCAUGACUCAGGCAUCCUCUCCGGGCUGAUCUUCUGGUCCCUGAAAGGAAAAGAGACUCAGGAGAGUGUUUUAUUUUUAAAAGCAGUUUCAUCUGAUUCACUGAAGAGGAAUGUGGGAAAUCAGGAGUUCUGCAAACACAUCUCCUUUGGAAUUAUGUACUGAGCAGGAUCCUGCUGCCACUGAAUUUUGCUGUCGGUGCUGGAGGCCAGGAUUUCCCUCUGGGAAUGAGGUUCUGCUUCACCUGUGGGAAUGCAGCGUGGAAAGAUGUCAAGGAUUUGAGUUUCUUUUCAACCACUGAAAUUUCCCAUCCUGGCCUGAUCACAGGGAUACCCCAGGAAAGCUGUUUGGUUUCCAGCUUUUCGGAAGGUCCUUUCAGUAGGUUGGCAACUAUCCUGUUAAUUGUAGGGAUUUUUUUACUCCUUCCUCCUGCCUCCAGUUCAAUUCCAGGGCUCCUACAGAGCAUGGGAGCCUGAAUUUCUCCCAAGCUUCCCCCAUCUCUGGAGAACUUUCCCUUCUUGUAUUUUCCAGUAUUUAUCCCUUGUUCCUGGUGUCCUGCACACCUCAACCUCCCCCUCAGCAGAGCUUGAAACGAUAGGAAAAUGGGAACUAAAUCCAAACGUGGAGCAAACGCUGGUACCUGAUGCAGUGUUGGAAUCAUGAGCCUGUGGGGUGCUGCAAAGAGGAUGUCAGGAAUAAAAUCCCAGAGGAAUUCAGCUGGAGACCCUGCUCCAGUGGCUCUGUUGGGAAUGGUGCCAGCUCAGCCUCUGGAGGGCUGUCUGCCCCCAUCUCCUGUUUUUAUUUAAUCUGCUUCUUUUACAAAAGCCCUUCAAUCCCCUCCGAGUUGUGCGAGGGCACAGCCAGCCUUCCAAAAGAAGCACUUUCAAGUGGAAUCCAGGCUGGGAAUCCCCCAGGACGGCUCCCUGGACUUGUCCUUAGCCAGAGCCGCGUUUUCCUGCUGUGCAGCACACUAAAAGAUGGAAGGGAGUCCUGUUCAGCAGCAAAAUUGACACAAAAACCAGUUUUAAAGGAGCGAGCUGCACUCGGUUCCUCUCCCCUCACCCAGACCAAAGCUCAGUAUCCAAAAUUCCCCCUGUGGAAGGUGGGAACAGAGGGAACAAAGUCUCCUUCAGCUACUGUGGGAGGCACGAGUCCCAAAUUUAAAGCUUUUCACCCCAUUUUGGUGCCCUGUCCCCUUCCAAUGACGUCAGUCCUGGGAGAGCUGAGGUGCGUGACCACGCAGAGGCUUUGGGGUGUCAGUGCUUGGGCUCUGAGAAAUGGUUUAUUUUUGGAAUAUUUUUGCUUAUUCUCAAUUAUUUUACAUCUUUCAGUAUUCAGAAAGAUAAAGUGAAAAUUAAAUAUAAGCCAAACCUUUUAAUCUCAGGUGGUGAAGUGAACACGGAGAUUAAAAGAAACUGGUUCUUUUCCUCGAUUAUCAUGAUGUACAUAAGUCCCUGGCUGGAAAAUCGCUGGAAUUGUAAAUAUCCCGGCUCCCGCGGCAGUUUUUUUGGGCGGAAAGUGGAAUUUCGACUUUUUUUGGAAAUACUGCAGAGAACAUGUUUAUUUACAUGCAAAUAAACCCCUUUGGUACAACGCGGUCUCGGCUCUGCGCUGGGGGGGGAGGGGCAGAAGUGCAUCCCUGCCACGCUUGAUUUUCCCGCGAGAAUGACGUCAUAGUAACGUCACAUCUGAGCUGGGCGCCGAUUGGCUGAACUCGCUGCUCCC